UCCGGAAUAACAUUCUCAAAAUCUUAUUGAUUUUCCUUCUUAACCACAACCCCAAAUACCAGAAAAAAGCCUCUCUGUACCUCCAAAGCUCCAAUAUUUCUUCAUGGCCAUGGCAACUCAAGCCACCCUCUUCACUCCAACCACCACUCUCUCAGCCCCAAAAACCGGCAACAAUCAAGUCUCAGUCCCAUGGAAACAAUCAAUCUCCUCCACCUUUACCACUCCCAAAUCCAUCAAAUUCUCCACCCAAAGAACACUAAAAGUCUCAGCAGCAGAGGAAAAAACAGUGGCACCGGCAAAGGAAGAAGCUCCGGUGGGUUUCACUCCGCCGGAGUUGGACCCGACAACCCCAUCACCGAUCUUCGGUGGUAGCACAGGUGGGUUGCUGAGGAAAGCCCAGGUCGAGGAAUUCUAUGUCAUCACAUGGGAUUCUCCGAAAGAGCAGGUCUUUGAGAUGCCCACUGGUGGUGCUGCGAUUAUGAGACAGGGUCCGAACCUUCUGAAAUUGGCUAGGAAAGAGCAGUGUUUGGCUCUUGGUACUAGAUUGAGGUCCAAGUACAAGAUCAAGUAUCAGUUCUACAGGGUUUUCCCAAAUGGUGAGGUUCAGUAUUUGCAUCCGAAAGAUGGAGUUUACCCAGAGAAGGUGAACCCUGGACGUCAAGGUGUUGGACAGAAUUACAGGUCCAUUGGGAAGAACAUUAACCCAAUCGAGGUUAAGUUCACUGGAAAACAAGUUUAUGAUUUGUAAGUUUGGGGGAUCAGCUAAAUUUGGUGUUUAAAUUUGUAAUAUUAUAUUGUACGUAUGGUUAUGUGAGAAUUGUUUACUUUUGUUGCUUUGUAUUUUCGAUCGACUUUUCAAAUUCUUCAUGAUCAUCAGGAAACAUGAAAAUUUGAUUUUCAA